AUGACCUGAUACAGCGUAGUACAUACUUACUCGAAGUUGCGUUAAGAGGUUACACACGUUACGAUCUCUGUGCUUAACAACGACACACGCAGCAAAAAUGAACGGCAAAAUGAUCGCGUUGUUCUUCGCCACCCUCUGCUGCGCCCUGAUGACGCAGGAAGCUUCCGCCGCUGUUGGACCACAAUGUCUUCUGCCGUUGGAACACGGACCGUGCAAGGCGCUUAUGACGAGGUACGGAUACAACCCGGUCACGAAUAAAUGCGAAGAAUUCAUGUACGGAGGUUGUCGAGGAAACGAGAAUAAUUUCCAGAGCCAGGAUAAAUGUCAGGAAAUCUGUUCGUGAACAUCUAGGAGUGUGUCAGUGUGAUCGGAGCGUAUUAUUACCAACUGGAUUAAAUUAUAUGUAUAAUACUCAAAGGAAGAAGCAACCUCUCCUACAUUCUAUCAGAUAGAUUAGGAUUGUAUAUUUUUCUAUUUUUACAAUAAUCAUCCAGGAGAAAUAAAACUGAUGUUCGACAUCCUGAACCAAUUUGUACAACUCGUUUAUUUCAACACCUGUACAUAGUAUAAAGUCUGUAAUAAUAAAAAAAUGCGAUAAAAGAAAUAUUUCCGUACAAAUCAUGUAUUGCAAAA